AUGUCAGUCAUCAAAAACGUUUUUCUUCAUCUUCUUCUUCAUCUUCCUCUUCUUCUUUGUCUUUUUCUUCUUCUUCUUCUUCCUCCUCUUAAUCUUCUUCUUCCUCCUCCUCUUCUUCUUCCUCAUCCUUUUCCUCUUCCUCUUCUUCUUUCUCUUCCUCUUCUUUCUCUUCUUCCUAGUCCUCUUCUUCCUCUUCUUCUUCCUUUAUAUUCUUCUUCUUCUUCUUCUUUUCCUCUUCCUUCUUCUUUUCUUUUCUUUCUCUUCCUCUUCCUUUCCUCUUCUUCAUAUAUUCUUUGUCUUCUUCUAUAUAUCAUCUUCUUCUUCCUCCUCCUCCUUUCUUCUUCCUCUUUCUUUUCCUCUUCCUCCUCCUCUUCUUUCUCUUCCUUCUUUUUUUCCUCUUUCCUCCUCCUCUUCUUCUUCCUUCUUCUCUUCUUUCCUUUCUCUUCUUCUUUUUCCUAUUCCUAUUUCCUUCCCUCCUUUUCCUCCUUUUCUUUUUCUCUUCUUCCCUCUUCUUCCCUUUCUAUUCAAAAUCCUCUUCAAAUCUUCUUCUUCCUCCUUUUCUUCUUCUUCAGUGAUUAUACAAAAUAA